GAAACACACACGCAGUAGGCUGUUAGAACGCAUGUCAUUUUUGCCCAAACCGUCAGAACAUGGCUGUCACGCUGCACACAGAUCUUGGUGAUUUAAAAAUAGAAUUGUUUUGCGAGAAAUCCCCGAAAAGCUGUGAAAAUUUUAUUGCAUUGUGUGCUAGUGGAUUUUACAAUGGAUGUAUUUUUCAUCGAAAUAUAAAGGGCUUUAUGGUUCAGGCUGGUGACCCAACAGGCACAGGCAAAGGAGGCACCAGCAUUUGGGGAAAACAUUUUGACGAUGAAUUCAGUGAACAUCUUAAACACAAUGUGCGGGGAGUAGUUUCCAUGGCAAAUAAUGGACCAAACACAAAUGCUUCACAGUUCUUCUUCACAUAUGCAAAACAGCCUCACCUGGACAUGAAGUACACUGUUUUUGGAAAGAUUAUAGAUGGACUAGAGACUCUGGAUGAACUAGAGAAACUCCCUGUCAAUGAAAAGACAUUUCGUCCUCUAAAUGAUGUCCAUAUUAAGGAUACUACCAUCCAUGCCAACCCAUUUGCUGGCUAACUGAUUUUGUUGUGUAGCAUUAAUGACGCAUAAUGCCUUCUACUGUACAUAUAUAUUUUUGUGAUGUUAUUUUACCAUUUCAUGGUACUUCAUUCAUUCAUUUUUAUACAUAAAUCUCAGUUUUGAAGACCCACAGCAACUUUUCCACCAUCAGACUCUUCUUGUGUGACAUUCCAUACCGAUUUUAGGCUCUUUGGCAUGGUUACAGUUUACUUCUCGUGAGUAGCCAUCUUUCAAAUUUUUCUGUGUAUGGAUAAAUAACCAUUCUGAAAAAUGUGGGCAGCAAACAGUUUGUAAGCGUACCGAACAUUUCUCAAUUGGAAAUGCUACUUCGGCAGAUAUUGACUGUACUCUGAACAGUUUGUCCCGAUGGCAAAAAGGACCACCACAUACAUAUUCUUAAACUUUGUUUUAUUUUUAAUGCCUAAACAUAUUUUACAAAAAAUAUCUCCUCCUUUGAC